AUGUACCAGCUUCAUAAUACGAUGCUCAAUGGCUCGAUGAUUCACGUCACCGUAGCUAAAAAAGGACGCUCAGACCCCAUGCAGAUGCAGAGGGGGUGCAUGGCCCGGCAUCCCUCCGGUUCGUUGUUGAAUGUGUACGCUUUUUGUGUGCAGCGACGGAGAGAGCUUCGAGGGGACGUUGAUAGAGAGGGACGAAGAAGAGGAGACCAACGCAGGCAGUGGGACUCGUCCCGAUCUCCGCCAUACAACACCCGGCGCCCUUCGAGCGGGGGCCAUCGUCAGAAGGGAGACUGGCCUACCGUAUCCCGUCGAGCACGCAGAUCGAGGAGCAGGCAGCGGGGCCGCCGAGACACCAGUCGAUCGUGUUCCAGGUGA